ACAUCCUUUUUUGUCAAACCCUAACCCAUUAAACUCAAACCCUUACAAUGGCCCCAAAGCGAACUCGUACAUCUCAUGGGUCCUCUUCUGCCAAUCCCAAACCUGAGUUUGAAGACAUGGAAGUACCCGUUGUUUCGCCUCUAUAGUUUCGAGACAAUGAGCAACGAAAUAGGAAUACGUUCUGACAUCAAUUUUAUGCUAACAAACAUUGGGUGGAAUAUUGCGACCAUCCAUAUGGAUAAGGUUUAUCAAAGGAUUGUUCUUGAUUUUCUUAGUUUUCUCCACACUAAAAUAUUGAGUUGGGCAAAUUGUGGACCAGGAUUGAUUUCCAUUAGACUUUUUAAUAUAGAGCAUCAUCUCACUUUGGAGCAAUUCAAUGGUAUUUUUGGAUUUCAAACCGGAGGGGAAAUAAGAAACCCAAGAUCAUUUAAUCCAUACAUGUUUUGGGGGGCUAUAACAAGUCAUGGACAAUGGCUGGCUGGUAAAUGCGAUUCGUCUUCAUUUCGCCACCCUGCCAUUAGAAUUGUGCACAAGUUUAUUGCAUCUACUGUUCUAGGUCAUGGCGACUCAAAAGGUAAGGUAUGCUUAAUUGUUCUAUUGUUUAUAUGGGCAAUGAUGAAAAGUAGGGAUGACAAGAUCAACUAUGGUGCAUAUUUGGCUAAACAACUACAAAACAUUUCAAACAUUGGAUUUGGUAAUAUUGUUGAUAACUUCAAUCACUAAACAUUUAGACUAUACCCCAUUUUUGGACCAAUUGUAGGAUACAUGAGCUCCUAGAAGCAUUAAUUUUAAUACUUGUUAUGCAACGCAGUGUAUCACUAAGAACAAUGAUGACAUAUUUUAUUUCAUUGUUAGUCAAACUAGAGUGCAUCACUUAUUACCAAACUGACACUAUACAGUCAAGGAUGAAACCAUAUGGUGUUUCUCCUUGGAGUCACUGAUUGAUGAAACCUAACAACAACCUGUUCCUAAGGAGGUAAAACCUAAAGCAGAGGAAAGGGAGAUAUAGGACCAACAUUUCACUACACAAUUGCAUGUAUAGGUAGAUAAUGUUGAUAUCCUGUCAGUCAUUCAAUGUAUGGAUCAUCGAUUGCAAGAGAUGGAUGAACGCUAACAACACUAUAAUUAUAUGGUAGACAAGAUGUAUAAUUGGCACCUUUAGCGUUAUCUAGAUGAUUUUCCUCCUCAGUGAUUUCUCUUAAUCAUAUUGCUUCAACACAAGCAACUUCUGUUAUCAGUCUUUGAACUUUCGUAGCAUAUGUAUUUAACUCUUUCAACUUUCAGACCAUAUGUAUUCAACUCUU